GAUAACUUCCAUUUCCUUAAGAGUACGAAAAUGUUAAAAUUUAUUCUCUGCUUACAUUUCGUAAUCUUUGUGACCGAGAGCCGUAUGAGUUAUUAUUUUUAUAAUGGGAAACUGCAUCCAGACAGUAAAGUUUAUCUCGUUGUACGUGAACCUUCUGAAAAUUUUAAUCCAAUAUUUGGAGACUUUAUAGCAGUUACCACAAAUAAACCAGACACCACUUCUACUACAAUUAAAACAGAACAAAUGACUGAUACAACUUCAGAUACAUCAACAACUGAAAGUACAACAGUGUCGUCAACGACUUGGAAUUUAAGCACAUCUUCUCUUGGGACUACAGGGGAAUGUUCCACUUGUGACGACAACUGUGUUUUAUCGCAGUAUAGAUGUACUUCGGAUGCCUAUUGUCCACCUUGUUACGUGUGCAGUGAUGAUGAAUACUACAUUUAUAAGAUCUGCAAGCAUGCCAGUUACGGAAACACAAGAAGUACUGUUUCGUCAAGAACUAGUACUGAUGACGCCACUAUUUCUGUUAUUUCUGAAUAUCCUACUACUACUACAGACGACGUAUUUGAACCACCACUACCGCCACCACCAGAUGUUGAAAUCUUUGAUCCAACGGGAAAAGAUGACAACGAUAAACGAGACGAUCAAGCGGUGCCAACAGUAACUGUGAUUACAGAAAACGAGGUGACGAUAACUGCACAAGAUUUCAGUGAAAUUCCAAGUGAUGGUUUAAUAACAGAAAAAAUUUCAACAACUACCAAUAAUGAACCCUCUGACUUGUACUCGUCUCCAAUUUUAGAGACAGUAUCCACGGAUUUUUCAGUUACCAUUGUUACUGAUUCUGAAACUCCAAAACACAGUACUUUAGUAUCUGUCUCAUCGGUCGCUAGCAUCACCACAAGCGAAACGGAAUUUUCACUAAUUGAUAACAUCAGUGUUUCAUCGAUUGUUCCAGUUAGUUCAACUAUAAUUAGUAUUCUACCCAGUACCGCACCUUCUACAACGAUUGUACCAGUGGCAAAUAUUACUGAUUACAAGUACACAACAAAUACCGAAGACAACCUGAGUAGUUUUUCACUAGAAGAAUCUUCGACUCCAGUAGUAACAGAUUUAAAAGGAAAUAAUGUUAAAACACCGACCUCUAGUUCUCUUAAUGUAACAGUCACACGUUCUUUGGAAGAAAAUUCAUCUGAUUAUACUUCAGAAAUACCCAAUUUUACUAAUUUUGUUGCCACCACAAACAAUAAUAGAAGUACUACUAACUUUGUAAGUAAUUUAACAGAUUCAGAGUUUGUACUUAUACCGAACACAACUGAGUUUUCUACUGAGUUAAACACAAAUACAACUAUAGCAGUUUCCUUUUUUAACACUACGUUAACUCCUACGACAACUCUUUUCAUUCCACCCGGCAGAAAUGUUGAUGUCAUUGCUGAUGUUAGCAAAGUGUCCGAGACAAUCGCAGGGCUAAUACUUAACUUUAUUAAAAAUAGUACCACCGAAAACAGUAAUUCAUCAAGUGGUGGCUUAGAUAAUGCUGGUAAUUCUGCAAAUGAUACUACACAAAAAGACGAAAGUACAACUAAUAACGAUCAGAAUUCCACGAAUCAGAGAAAAUAUACCACUCCUCCUGCUCCCAUUAACGCAACAGAAGGACUAGUGACUGGCUCCUUCAGUACUAAUUUAACUACUGCUUUGUUUUUGGGUACUAUUACAUCUAAACCACUUGAAUCUGAAGAACAAGUACGAAUGAAAACAGACUCAAUUUUUUCUGCUACGAGUGAGACCACGACAGUCACAGUCCGUACUGAAGACAGUACUAUUACUAGAGAACAAACUCAAAUUACUAGAACUAUGACAGAUCUUAAUAUGGAUUCUACUACUUUCGACUUAGAAGUUCAGUCCAUUUCAGCGUCUACUAAUGAAACUACAAUUAUCCCAGUUGAAACUACUGUUUCUAAUAGAUCUGAUGAACUUUUAGUAACACCUAAUAACUUGCAAACUACUGUCAUAAAUGUUACAGGCAUGACACCAACAACUCACACAAAUACGUUACCCAAUAUUUCUGAAGAAAAAAUUUCUGAAAUUGAUAGUACAAUGAUUGCCAUUACUACAGUAAAUAUUACUGAUGAAACUCUUGUUACUACAACUGAAAAAUCUAGUCCAUUAUAUGAAGCCAAAACAACUGCACAAAACGCUACAGAUAAUGACAAGAUCUCUGAAUUAUCAAAUGUUACUUUAAUUCUCUCCACAGCUGCUAUGGGAGAUAUAACAACUACCAAAAAUACCGUAGAUGAAACUAAUUCUUCUAGUCAGUCAAAUACAACAUCAACUAAUGAAGUUCCUGCGACUCCCACAAGUGAACUUGGAUUUAAUAUAACAUCUUUAGUUCCAUCUACAACCCCCGCUGACGCUAGUAUAACUCAGUUAAAUGAAAAUUCGGUAAAUGCUUCCCCGGUUGACCACGAAUUUACAUCAGAUAUAAGACGAAAUGAAAGUACAAAGCCAAAUCUUAACAUGGAGACAGUUACAGAUCAAACUCAAAAAUUAACUACCAACAAAGAUGAGAUUUUUGGAAGUGGUGACAAUGAAGAAAUGUACUCCGGCAGUGGUGAUAGUGAGGUGUCCUCUGGUAGUGGUGAUGAUACGGAGGUGUAUUCCGGUAGCGGUGAUGGCAGCGAGAUAGAUUUUGGAAGCGGUGAUGGGGGUGAAGUAGAUUAUGGAGGCGCUGAUAACCAUGAGGUAUAUUUUGCUGAAGAUGAUAUAGGAACUGAUGACUAUAAUCAGUCAAAAGAGGAUAAUCUCAGAAAUAGGGUUCCCCGUUUUUUAGUGCAAGAUGUAUUUCAGGAUGUAUUUUUUUAAUAAAUGUUUUCGCAAAAUAGUGCAUUAAACAGUUUAGAAAUACUUACUAUUGACAGUGUAUAUAUAGCUAUAAUUACCUAUGAAGAAAAUUGCGUUUUAUACUUUUUAUAUUAUUGUUUUAUGUAAUAUUAAUGUGUAAUCCUGAAAGCAAUACAUAUACAUAUUUAA